AUGAGGAUCCUCUGCGUGGCCGAAAAGCCCUCCAUCGCAAAGAGCAUCUCUGCCAUCCUCGCCGGCAGAAGUGUCUCGAAUCGUCCUGGAAAGGACAAGUUUUGCCGCAAUUAUGAUUUCCAAUAUCGCAUGCCCGGUCAGCAAGGCAUGGUUGAUAUGACCAUGACCUCAGUUAGAGGCCAUCUCACCAACGCCGACUUUGGCCCUCAGCACAAAGCAUGGUUUUCCUGUUCGCCCGCCGACCUAUUUCAAGCGCCCAUCAUCACCGCCCUUAGCGACGAUGCCAAAGCCAUCGGCACCAACCUGCGCAUGGAAGCCCGAAAUGCCGACGCCGUCAUGAUAUGGACAGAUUGCGAUCGCGAGGGCGAGCACAUCGGAAGCGAGAUCGUCACCGAGGUGCGCAAGGUGCGUCCCAACAUCCGCGUCAUGCGCGCCCGCUUCUCUGCCAUCAUCGAUUCUCAGAUCCACGCAGCUUGUCAGAACACCGUAGACCUCGACUGGAGAGCCGCAGACGCAGUCGAGUCCCGCAUCCAGCUCGAUCUGCGCGUCGGUGCGGCUUUCUCACGCAUGCAGACCUUGGGGCUCCAAAAUCGUAUUCCUGCGCUCGGCGAAGAGCGCCAAGUCAUCAGCUACGGCCCCUGCCAAUUUCCCACGCUUGGUUUCGUCGUGGACAGAUACAAAAAAGUGGUGCACUUUGUCCCCGAGCCCUUCUGGCUGUUGCAGGUGCACAAGACCCGCAGCAUGUCCGGAGGCGACCCCUCACCUGACGAUCCGCCAGACGACAUACGGAAGGUCGUCUUCAACUGGGAUCGCGUCCACCUCUUUGACAAGCGCGUCGUGCAAACCUUUCGUGAUCUCUGCCGCGCCAAUCCUGAUGCUACUGUCGACAAUGUCACCAACAAGCAGACCAAAAAGUGGAAGCCUUAUCCUCUCACCACCGUCGAGCUCCAAAAGUCGGGCUCACGGCUGCUGCGACUCACGCCCAAGCGCAUCCUCGAUGUCGCAGAGUCGCUCUACCAGAAGGGCUUCCUCUCUUACCCGAGAACCGAGACGGACCAGUACGACAAGGACUUUGACUUUACAAGCCUCAUCGCAAAGCAGACAGCCGAUGGGGCGUGGGGCAACGUCGCGCAGCGCCUUCUCGACGGCGCCUUUGAAAGACCCCGCAACGGCAAGAACAAUGACAAGGCACACCCGCCCAUCCAUCCCACGUCGCACGCCAACGGUCUCACGGGCGACGACAAGCGCGUCUACGAGUACGUGACACGCCGCUUCCUCGCCAGCUGCUGGACCGACGCCAUCGGCAACCAGACCAGCGUCGCCAUCGUCAUCGCCGGCGAAAAGUUCCACGCAUCAGGACUCGUCAUCCUUCAACGCAACUACCUCGAGGUAUUCACCUAUGACAAGUGGGAAGGCAACCUGCUUCCUCCUUUUGUGCGCGGUGAAACCUUCCGCCCGACACGGUUCGAGAUGAAGGAAGGUGCCACCUCUCCUCCGAAACUUCUCACCGAAGCGGAUCUGGUCAAUCUCAUGGACAAGAAUGGAAUCGGCACCGACGCCACCAUCGCCGAGCAUAUCGCCAAAGUCGUCGAGCGUCGCUACGUGAUGCAGGUCAAGGAGGGCAAGACCACCUACCUCGUCCCCUCGACGCUCGGUAUCGGCCUGGUGGAAGGCUACAAUCAGCUCAACCUCGAAAAGUCGCUGAGCAAGCCGCUGCUGCGUCGCGAGACCGAGUUCCGCAUGUCGCUCAUCUGCGCAGGUCAGCGAUCCAAAGCCGAGACCAUGGCAGAGAGCAUCGAAGAAUACCGCCAGGUGUUUGCGCUCACCAACCGCCAAUUCGACCGGAUCGCCGCCACCGUGCUGCAGUACUUGACCGAUCCGAACGCUGGACAAGAGGCGCGUGCAGUCGAGCUGCUCCCUCAAGAUGAUGGCGAUGUGGAGGAAGUCGCCGACGACGACAGUGACGCAGACAGCGAUGGCGGGUACGGCGGUCAUGGUAACGCAGGAGCGCCCCCACGAGGGCGAGCAGUGAACGGUCGUGGCAGGGGAGGCGCCAGCGCCCGCGCGACGAGGGGUGUGCGGGGCCGCGGACGUGGUGCGGCUACAGGGGCUCGACCUGCUCAAGCUUACGAUCGACCAGACGACGACGAUGGCGACAGCUUUACGCUGCGUCCACCGCGCCGUGCAAAUGCUACCGCUGCAGCAACAGAGCGCUCACUUGGCGGGCGUGCGAACGGGGCAAGCGGUUCGAAGCAUUGUCUCUGCGGUGAAGCGGCCGCAGAAAGGACGGUGAAUAAGGAGGGCCCGAAUCAAGGGCGACGAUUUCUCGGCUGCGCCAAACCGAUGGGGGACUCGAGCAAGUGCGACUUUUUCGAUUGGCUCGACUCGGGCACCGGCAGCAGCAGUGGGAUGGAAAGUAGAGAGACAGCGACCAGGACCAUUCCUGCCAAACGACCAGUCCCUUCGGACAACGACACGGACGAUUGGUUACCAAACAUGCGCUCGUCGACCUCCUCAGGGGCACGACGAUGCGACUGCGAUCUGCAAGCGAUACUCAAGACUACGACCAACGGAGGACCGAAUCAAGGUCGUUCCUUCUGGACGUGUGGCCGCGAGAGCGCCCGAUUGCGUUGCAAGUUCUUCGAAUGGAACGAUGACGGCAGCGGGCCUGCAAAUGGCCACGGCGGGCAGUCUUAUGGUGCGAACGGAAGUACCAGAAGCUCGGGAGGAGGUAGUGGCGGGGGCGCUAGCUGCUGCUACCGCUGCGGAGAAAGCGGUCACUUUGCAUCCGAUUGUCCGAACCCGCAGCAGCAGCAGCAGCGAAGCGGCAGCAGUCGCGGAACGACGUCCAAGAGAGGUGGAGGCAGAGGCAGAGGCAGAGGUAGAGGCGGAUCUAAAAGCGGCGGUGGUGGAAAGGACGAUGGCUGUUUCCGCUGCGGCAAGAAAGGUCAUUGGUCGAGCGAGUGUCCUGGCACCUAG